AGCCUCUUCCUCGACUGUAGUCUGGGAUUUUCGGCCGGGGUCAUGCUGGCGGCCUCUUUCUGGUCCCUGCUGCAGCCCGCUAUAGAUUUGGCCAUCAACGAGGGCCUUGGUAGUCUCUGCUACUUGCCGGCGGCAACCGGUUUCAUCGUCGGUGCAAUCUUUAUCAUCAUUGCCGACUACUUCUUCCCACAGCAAACUGCUGGCCAAACCUUUUGGUGUUUGCGAUAUCGUGGAAGAUUCAACCAUGACGGGAGUGUGCGACCCCUGCCCCGGGUGAGCAGUCGUUUGUGGCUGUUGUUGCUCGCCAUCACCGUGCACAAUUUUCCCGAGGGACUGGCUGUUGGGGUUGCCUUUGGAACCGAAACUACAGGCAGUUCUAGCGAAUCCUUUGUGAACCUUGCACUCGGCAUGGCCAUUCAAAACUUUCCGGAGGGUCUCGCCGUAAGUCUUCCUCUGAGGGCGGCAGGCUUCUCCUUUUGGAGGAGUUUUUGGUAUGGACAGCUUUCGGGCUUCGUCGAACCAAUCGCAGGCGUCCUCGGGUGCUUGGCUGUCCAGUACGUGCACAUCCUCCAGCCAUACGCCCUCGGAUUCGCAGCUGGCGCCAUGAUCUUCGUCGUCUUCGAUGACGUCAUUCCAGAAGCCAACAGGAAGUAA